GUCCACAGGCUCCAGCUCAAAACUGGACAUGCCAGUAUGUUCGUGGAGAUUUACGUUAGAAUACCGCUAGCUAAUACUUGGACCGGAUACUAUGAAUCAGCUACAUCAGACGGAGGAUUGUAUUGUGUAAUGAUAUCUAACUUUAAGUGGCCAAUGCUAGCUAGCAAAGAAUCAUUGUCUAACUUUUGAAGGGAUCAACGUGUCGGGGUCGCCGAGCUAUGCAGCAUGUCUCCAAAAGGAACCCGAACGCAAAUUAUUUCUUUGAAGGAAGCUCCACCGUGAUAGCCGGUAAAGAAGCAUCUGGUCACAACUUUGCCGAGACGCUGCCGAUGGAAAUGAGUGUGAACAUUUUUAGCCAACUGGACAUCCAGAGCCUUUGCAGCGCUACAGUCACCUGCAAAUUGUGGAACGACAUUAUCGAAAAAAACGAUUAUCUGUGGAGGAAUCACUGCCUGACCGUGCGAGCUGUCUGUCAGAAAGAGAUUGACAGUGACCGCGGAGACGGCUUCUCUUGGAAGGUAACCCUAGUGCGUAAUUAUCGGAAAGGUUACGUGAAGAGGGCGUGGCUAAGCGGCAGGUUUAGCGUCAUUCGCUCUGCAGAAGAAAUACCGAACAUGAGCAUGUACCCGCUGGAUGCAGAAACUUGGGGUGAAAUCUUGGAAGCGGAGCUGGAGCGAUAAUGUAAAUGCUGCUGUGGAAGCACAAAGAAUAUUCUGAUAAAAUUCACUUAAUAUUUUAAUUUUAUUUUAAUUGUAUUUAUUUUGUAAUUUUAUAUCUUUUAAUUUUAAAUUUUUUUAUAUUUUAAAUGUUUAAAUGAGAUAAUGCAACUGCACAAGUGGAAAUUGUGUACAUUUACCCUAAAGUGUACAUUUUGAAAACUGGUAAACUUUGCAGUUAUCCCAGUGAUUAAACUGGAUUAAUCAUGUACUCCCUCUCUGAGUCACUUAUUUCCUGUAUGUAGUUAAAAAGUCCAGUCAACAGAGGUCAUGCAAGUGUGCAGUGCAUUGUGAUAUAGUUAUUAUUUUUCACUCAGGAAUGGAACUAAAUAAAUCACAGAUGUGGUCUGAACUCA